CAUCAUUUAAGCAUUUGGUGAUAGCGACUUCCGGUUAAACAGCAAACUCACAACCGGCUUAUUUUUUUUUUAAACUUGACAAUGUCCAGAGGAAGCAGUGCAGGAUUCGAUCGACAUAUUACAAUUUUUUCUCCUGAAGGACGAUUGUAUCAAGUCGAAUAUGCCUUCAAAGCUAUCAAUCAGGGAGGUUUGACAUCCGUGGCAGUGCGAGGCAAGGACAGCGCUGUAGUUGUCACACAGAAGAAAGUUCCAGAUAAGCUGUUGGAUGCAAACACAGUUACACACUUGUUUCGGCUCACUGAAGAUAUUGGCUGUGUAAUGACAGGAAUGAUAGCUGACAGCCGGUCUCAGGUUCAGAGGGCGAGGUACGAGGCUGCUAAGUGGAAGUACACGUACGGCUACGAGAUCCCCAUCGACAUGCUGUGCAAGCGUAUAGCAGACAUCUCCCAGGUCUACACACAGAGUGCCGAGAUGAGGCCACUGGGAUGUACCAUGAUUCUGAUCGCCUAUGACCAGGAGUUUGGUGCCCAGCUGUACAAGACAGACCCGGCAGGCUACUUCUCAGGGUUCAAGGCCUGCACUGCAGGCGUGAAGCAGCUGGAGGCUAACAGCUUCCUGGAGAAGAAGAUCAAGAAGAAGCAGGAUCUCACCUACAAUGAGGCUGUAGAGAUUGCCAUAACCUGUCUGUCCAAUGUGCUAGCAGCUGACUUUAAAUCUUCAGAAAUAGAAGUAGGCGUUGUGACAAAGGAAAAUCCCCAUUUCAAGAUCCUCACAGAAGAAGAGAUAGAUGUACAUCUGCAGGCCCUGGCAGAGAAGGACUGAUCUCUUCAGAGGCUGUCUUCAUACACUGUGCACAUUAACUGUCUGUUGGUCCUCAGUAUUCAAUGGUGUCCCGUACAGGAAAACAAUAGACUUGUUAGCAUUUGAUGUUGAAGAUUAAUUCAGGAAAGCUCUGUGGAAUAUUUGCCUUGCUGUGGGAAAAUGGGCGUAAUGCAUGUUUGCAUAGGUUAAUCAAGGAUGGCACUUUUUGCCUGAAUGUUUGUUUGAAGAGAUUCUUUUAAAGUAUAAAUUCUUUUUAAGUGCCGUCGGUCAUUGCCUAGGCUAAUUUUGGACAACACUUUACGCACAUGCAUCAAAUCCUUUUUACCAGAGUGGGUCUCAUAUAUUCAUGAUAUGAGCGUUGUUUUGAGGAAAAUGGGCUUAAUGCAUGUGCGUAAAGUUUCAUCCCAGAUUAGCCUGUGCAGUCCGCACAGGCUAAUCAGGGAUGACACUUUCCGCUUUUAAGGUAUUUUAUUUUCAAGGAAGUCCCUGCUUAACGGAAAUCAAGUUUAGGCGGAAAGUGUCGUCCCUGAUAAGCAAUAGGCUGACACUUUACGCACAUGCAUUAAGCCCAGUUUUCUCUGAACAAGGCAUAUAUUUAAAUAAUACUACUGGGUCUUACUUGUUCAUAAGUUGUUUCUUCUUGAUUAUCCUAUAGGCUUAGUUAUAAUUGAACACAGAUUGUAAUUCAAAAUUAGAUUUAUUAUUUCUCUGAAUGCAAACGAACACUACAUACUCCUAAUUUAUUUACUGAACACAUGAGAAAUUGGAGGCUUACAGAUAGUGAGUCAGCUGAAGUUAGAAAUUCUGUAGCUCUUGAAGGGACUUGUCAUAUCUCAUGUGAACACACCUACUGAAAGUGCUUUAUGUUCAAACUAUCAAUAUUAACAUUAUUCUAUGUAAAUGAUGUUGAUAUCAUGUCAAUAAAUUGUUGGAGAAAAAUA